AUGGUUCAGUCCGGCAAGGGGAUCCUGGCGGCGGAUGAGAGUCUGCCCACCAUCGCCAGGCGAUUUGCCGGCAUCGGUCUUGAGUCCUCGGAACAGACGCGGCGCGACUAUCGUGCCCUGUUGGCAGAGACAGACGAUCUGGAGCGGCAUGUCAGCGGCGUCAUCCUGUUUGAAGAAACCCUCGAUCAUAAGGUCUCUGAUGGCCAAACGAUUCCCCAUGCUCUGCAGGCCAGAGGCAUCGUGCCUGGGGUGAAAGUUGAUAAAGGCACUAUUCCCGUCUCGCCUUCAAGUGUACACAAGCUCACCCAGGGUCUUGAUGGACUGGCCGAACGGUUGAGCGGUUAUCGGGAGCAGGGCGCCCGAUUUGCCAAAUGGCGCAACGUCUAUCGUGUUGGCGCCAGCGAUGCGGAUUAUAAGGUUACGGUCAACAUGGGGGCUGAGAUCCUGGCGCGCUAUGCGGCUCUGUGCCACCAGCAGGAUUUGGUACCCAUCGUCGAACCGGAAGUGUUGAUGGACGGCGCGCAUGAGAUAGAGCACUGUGCCGCCGUGACGUUAGAGGUGCAACAUGCGGUGUUUCAGGCACUGUACCGACAUAACGUUGAUCUUCGAUAUAUCGUUUUAAAACCCAAUAUGAUUCUGCCUGGCGAAGGGGUGGGCAAGGCCUCGCCAGACAGAGUGGCCGAAGCCACGCUUCAGGUGUUGAUGCAGACAGUGCCCGCGGCUGUGCCCAGCAUCAACUUUCUGUCUGGUGGACAAACUGAUUUAGAAGCCACCGCAAAUCUGCAAGCCAUCAAUCAAGCUGCAAGGUCAUUCACGGCGCCCUGGCUGCUGAGUUUUUCCUAUGGACGCGCGCUCCAGGCGCCGGUGUUGAAGGCCUGGCAGGGUCGCCCCGAAAACGUUGCUGUCGCGAAAGCCGAACUGCUGCAUCGCGCUGCUAUGAAUGGUGGAGCCGUGGCAGUCGAUAAGCGCGUGAGCGAACUGGAGUGGAUUGUGCUGGGUGGAGUACUGAUGAGUGGUAUCGCCAUGGUGGGUAGUGUGACCCUGGUGUUAAAACCCGCGACACUGGACCGGCUGCUGUUGCCACUGGUUGCUUUUGCGGCCGGUUCUCUGAUCGGCGGUGCGUUCUUUCACAUGUUACCUGCGGCGCUUGAAGCAGGCAGCGAUGGACUGGCGAUUGGCAUCUUGGUUGUCGCCGGAUUUUCAGCGUUUUUCAUCCUCGAGCAGUUUCUGCAUUGGCGCCACUGCCACCGGACGCAGAGUGACCGCAGGCAACCGUUGACGUAUCUGAUUCUGAUUGGCGAUGGGUUGCACAAUUUUCUCGGUGGCCUGGCGAUUGCCGGAACCUUCCUGAUCGACGUGCGUUUAGGCAUUACAACCUGGCUGGCUGCCGCAGCCCAUGAGAUUCCUCAGGAAUUGGGAGACUUUGGUGUCCUGAUCCAUGGUGGUUGGUCAAAAAGCAGUGCUUUGCUGUUCAACGUGCUGUCCGGAUCGACAUUUUUACUUGGCGGACUGGUGACUUAUGCCUUGUCCACCCAGGUGGACAUCAGCUGGCUGAUCCCAUUUGCGGCAGGCAAUUUCAUCUAUAUCGGUGCUUCAGAUCUGGUGCCUGAAGUGAAUAAACAUGGUGAAGUGAUGGAUAAAGACAUGAACAAUGAUACGACGGUUUAUCCGCUGGCUGGGUUCCCUGCCCUACAUCUGGCGGUUGACGGCGAUCGCAUCGAUAUUCGCCCUAUGUUGCCGAGUGAUGGUGCUGCGCUGCAGCAGUUUUUUCAGCGGAUUUCAGAGCAGGAUCGCUACUAUCUGCGCGAUGACAUUGCCGACCCUGAGGUGGUAGCGAACUGGGCGGAAAAUCUCAACUACAAUCGCGUGAUACCGUUACUGGCUCUGCAUGAUGAACGCAUUGUCGGCGAGGGUACGUUGCAUCGUCGGCAUGCAGCUGCGCGUCGGCAUGUGGGUGAAGUACGAAUUACAAUUGAUCCCCAGUAUCGGGAUAAAGCCAUUGGGCGUGGGUUGCUGCACAAGCUGGUUGAAGUCGCUAAAGAACGCGAUCUGGAAAGCGUGUUGUUCGAGAUUGCGGCAGAUGCAGAGGAGCCAGCGCGGCAGGCGGCGGCAGUGAUUGGCUUCGUGCCGGUUGCACAGAUUCCCGAUCAAUUCAGAGAUGCCGACGGUACAGCACAUGAUAGUCUGAUCAUGUGUCUCAAUGUCAGGCAGGAGUUUCCUCCACCACCCAGUAUUUUCUGA